AUGGAUAUUGAAAACUAUCCAUUCAUCAAUCCGGAGGAAUUUGCAGAAGCUUGUCAUCAUCUUGACAGUCAAUACUGCCGUGCAACCUUGGGUCCGCUGAGAAAGCGAUGGAAGCUCAAAGUGUGCACAGCUCUCGACCUGGCUUUUUCCACCGAAUUGGGAUAUACUACAUAUAUUCAGAUUGUUCGUCCACUAGAAAUACCGGGCGACCUGGAUUUGAAUCUGGACAGCUUUACAAUAUCCCCUUCUCCCACAACCCAUGACAUUCCGACAGCAGACGAUAAAAUGAUUGACGAUGAAUCGGACGAGGCCGCCAUCGUCAAACCGACAUCUCAAGCCACAGAGACCGUGACUUAUGAAAUUCAUCGUCAUCCCACAUAUAGGGUUCCAUGCCUUUGGUUUAGUCUCCACGGCCUUCCCCCACAUGAACCUGCCUUCAAUAUUGACACCGUAUUUCGCCGUCUCGUCCCCGAUGAGUACAAAGAGGGCCUCCGAGGGCUUGGUGGAAUUGGUGGCAUCUCCGCAGAUGUGAGUUUUUCGAAUACUUCAAGUCUUUGA